AUGCCACCGAAGAGGAAAGCUACCGAACCGGCAGCUGAAAAGCAUGAUGGCUUGAGUGCUAGCAAAAAAGGCCGACCAGACUUGCACCAACCGCACCCGAACGCGAACCAAACCGAGGAUUUCGGCAUAGUCCUACGCCAGUUCUAUCCGGCCGAGAUGAGCAAUGAGCGCUGCCGAGCAUACACCGAUGGCGAGCUGGAACGCCCUAUUGAAACGCUACAGAGGGCUUGCCGAGAAACCGCCACCAAGCGCCAGUCGAUCAACGUGGGUAAUGCCGUGGUACAUUGGUUCAAGAGCGAUCUCCGACUGCAUGAUAAUAGGUCACUGUACACUGCCUACCAAACUGCGAAAGAAAACCAGAUCCCGUUGAUCGGCCUUUACAUCGUCUCCCCCGAAGAUUGGACUGCCCAUUUGACUAGCCCUGCUCGGGUGGAUUUCACGCUGCGCACCCUCGAGCGAUUGCAACAGGACCUGGGGGAGUUGGAUAUCCCUCUGCACAUGGAAACACAAGAGAAACGGAAGGCAAUCCCGAAACGGAUUGUGGAAUUGUGUCAACAGUGGGGUGCGAAGAACCUAUAUGCGAAUAUCGAGUAUGAGGUAGAUGAACUGCGACGCGAAGCUAAGCUUGUUAGACUUUGCGCGGAUAAUGAUAUUAAUUUCGCUCCCACUCAUGACACAUGUGUGGUCACUCCGGGCGCGCUGGCUAGCCAGCAAGGGAAACAAUAUUCCGUUUACACUCCAUGGUAUCGCUCCUGGUUGGCCUUCUUGAAAGAGAACCCGGAUUACCUCGAGGUCUCUGAGGAGCCCGGGUCAAAUCCAGGCAACGCGCGCCAUCAAUUGAAGGAUUUAUUCAAUUGCAAGGUGCCAGCCGCACCUAAAACCCAUACCUUGUCGGGCGAAGACCAGAAACGCUUUGAGGGACUUUACCCAGCCGGAGAGCAUGAAGCCCUCCGGCGGCUGGACAAAUUUCUCGAGGAGAAAGGUAGAAAGUACGAGGAGUUGCGGAGCAUGUUGCCCGGUGAGCACACUUCGGUGUUGAGUCCUUACAUUGCAUGCGGAGCGCUGAGCGUAAGGACUGCUGUCGCGACAGCGAAGAGGGUCAACAAAGGCCAUCUCGAUCGAUACGAUCCCGGUUACAUGACGUGGAUCAGCGAGUUGGCCUGGCGGGACUUCUACAAACAUGUCCUGGUGAACUGGCCCUUCAUCUGUAUGAACAAAUGCUUCAAGCCCGAACAUACCGAUAUUGAAUGGGAGUACGAUAAGGAUCAGUUCCAAGCGUGGUGCGAUGGCAAGACAGGUUUUCCGAUCGUCGACGCAGCAAUGCGCCAGCUCCGCCACUGCGCCUGGAUGCACAACCGCACGCGCAUGGUUGUCUCAUCGUUCCUUACCAAGGACUUAAUGCUCGAUUGGCGCCGUGGCGAGCGCUACUUUAUGGAGAAUCUAAUCGACGGCGACUUCGCGUCCAAUCACGGCGGGUGGGGGUUCGGGUCCAGUACUGGCGUGGAUCCGCAACCAUAUUUCCGAAUCUUCAAUCCUCUUCGGCAGAGUGAGCGCUUCGACCCGGAGGGAGAGUAUAUCCGCCACUGGGUGCCAGAGCUGCGCGAUGUGUCUGGUAAAGCCAUCCAUGAACCAUAUGCGAGGGGAGCCGCGGCUAUUGCGCAGAAGAACGGCUACCCCAAGCCCAUUGUGGACCAUGCAGAGAGUCGAGAUCGAGCGUUGAAGCGAUUCAAGAGUGUACUCCAGAAAGGGUGA